GCACCCGUCUUUACUCCACAUCUCAAUACUGAAAACUGGUAUACUCUGAGUAGUCUAUCAUCCGAAUCUCAAUCACCCGGCAUUACAUCGAUUACGACAAGGAGUAGGUUCUACGAAUUUGAGAAUCUCAGUCGAUCUACACUGUUUCCAACAAUUUAGUCAUGAUGCUGAAAACGGAGUAUGGAGGGCUGACAGCCAAGCCCUGCGAAGGUGGAAAUUGUUAAAUCUUAAAGCGGAAAGGAGUUUUUUGUGAAGACAAAUUAAUGGAUUCAGAGUAUGUUUUGAUGUUCAAUGCAAUACUACAUGGGGGUGAAGGUUGCAGUAAAAGUUUGAGUGCGUCCAACAGUGCAGAUCGCUGAGUCAACUUCUCCAAGCAAACAUGUAAACGAGCAUCGUAGCUGUUCCACAUUCCGGAAAGACUUGUGAAAAUGUUUGAAUUUUUUAACUCGGUAAAGCAAUCUGGUGUGGAGCACCUAGGGCUGUUUCGAAAAUCAAAGAGGAAGUGCAAGAGAGUCUUCCGAGCAGAUCUUCUGAGGAUGAUUAUGGGCUGCAACUCCGAGUCAAAAAAAAACCAUCGGAACCCCGUCCCCCCCAUUAUUUUGGUGAUGAAAACGGUGCAAAGCAACACAGCCCCGGAGCCGGCAAAUAUUACUGAAUGUAAAAACGAGAUAAGGAGUGCAGACGUAAACAACGAGAGUGUCAGCUCCAAAACAGUUGUUCAUUCUAGAUCUGAUAUCAAAGAUAAAUGGCAUGCACAACCACCCUUGUCACCCAAAAGCGAGGAGACUGCAAACAAAUUGCUGAUUCUUGGUGUCUCAGGACUAUCACCUUUGGUUAUAAGACGAUCCCCGUCAACGCCAUCUUUGAUUAAUAGUGUUGGAAAAGGAGGUGUCGACUUGCGUCUACCUCAAAGAGUUCGAAGAAUACCAAGCUCCAAAGCUCCAGAGGAUGAUGAGACGGGCUCCGACCCUGCCCUACUUGAUGCUAUUGCCGCCACUCCUUCCAAAUCCGCAGCUCAAUUGAACCGAAGCGGCAAACUCUCCCACAGAAGGAGUCACUCCGUCAUCUGAGGAGCUGGAUUGUGCAAGUCUUCCUCGAAAUGCCCGGUGCUGCCCACAAUUUGCAAUUUCUUGCUACCAGUCUCCUGAUAAACAAUUGGCAAUUUGGGGUCGCGCGGCACAACUCAAGUCGUGUUUGAUUAUCAACGCUUUAACCGUCGAACGAAUUUUGACUCUAGACCUAGGAAUCCAGGUUAGCUGGAGUAGUAAACAACUGCUUUGAGUUCAUGAGUAAUAACUCUUGCAAUGCAAUGCAGAACAACAAUCAUCCUCUUCCCUAAAUACAAGCAGUUCGGUGGCAAUCGAGGCGAUUCCGUGAAAUUAACUGAUCAGUAUUCGGAGCACAAAAUUAUGAACAAUAAUUGAACAUCUCAAGUGAUACAAUGUGGGAAGUAGGAUGGUCCCAUAAAUUGAACAAGCCACAGUGACUGCCUACAACCUAACACUAAAUAGUAGUAGUGAUUGACAAUCGAAAUGGGAGGAUAUACUACGCAACAUUGGCGCUGCUGACCAAAUGUGCCCAUGGCGUGUACUUGACGCUAAUGAAGGAGUGGCACUCCAAUAAUCGCCUAAUGCA